CAACAGUACAAAAUUGUGAGUUUAGAAUCUCUUAAUAAAACAAGUUACUACUAUUAUUUUACUGAGAUUUGGUGUAAUAGUAACAUGCAGUGUGUUAGAUGAUAAACUGGCACAGUGAAAAUUCUGUGACCCACAGGUGUCGCUUUGUGUGAACAGCUGGAGGUUUAGGUUCUGCUCCAGUUAGGCAGCAGCUCUGUGUCCCGUGCCUGCCAUCCAGCCAGCAGGUGCUGGGUGGUGGUCUGUGGCUGGUCACUUUUGGUUUGGUCAUUGUGCCCACUACAAGGUUACACGGCUCUCGGUGGCUUUGGGGGGAGUUUUGAGGAAUACACAGCUGUGUGUGGGGUGAGGGGCUGGAUCUGCAGAACUUGAGAGAGGCCAGUUUGUCCAUGCCUCUGUGCUCAGCCGAGCCUGUCCUGUGGUCCCUGUUGUCACUGGUGGGAGGUGGAUCCGAGGACUGUGUCUUGUGUUGUUGUUGUUUGAAGGUGAGGGCUUGUUAUCCUGAUAACAUUUUCUUAGCAAAUUGCAGUUGUAUUUCAUGGGCCUGCCAAAGUGAUUGGCAGCUGGUGGGGUGAUUGGGGCUUCCGGAGUCAGCCAACCCAGGUUUUAAUCUGUCACAUAAUAGCUUUGUGACCUUGGGCAAACUAGUUAACUUUUCUGGGUUUCAAUUUCCUCAUUUAUAGAUUGGAAUAAUAGCCCCUAGCUCACCUAGCUUGUGUGAGGGUUAAAAUAAUAAAAGGAAGGUAAAAUUCCUAUUAGUGAACUCUUAAAAACAAACAAGGUGGCUGUGGUUGAGAAUUAGACAGCACAGACGCAGAGCCCCGAUAGCGCAGGUGGGGUGACGCACCGUUUGUUCAGGACCUGAAACGACACUGGCCCUGCAGGGUCCACGCCGCUGCGGAAGGCGCCUGGCCUGAUCACGAUUCAGAUGCCGGGGGGAGCACUGCUGGGGCGGCUGGUCCCUUCAGCGUGGGCAUUGCGUCAGACGCGCCCCCUGAGCCAGCAGGGGCAGUGCCUCCCCCGCUGUGACAGAGCCGGACGCAAGACUCCAAUGUGCUUUUAGGAAUUUUGCUGUAAUCUCCCUGUUCCGGGUUUGGGGCUUGUUGCUUGAAGAAUUCUUUUGAUUUAGGCUUUUUCUUAUGUGAUUUUUUUUUUACCCCCUUCAUCCGAGGAUGUUAAAAAUUUUGCCUUGUUCCUUUAUUGUUAGAAAAAAAAAACAGUAUUUGCCAAAUGAGUGAAAAAAUAAAUUUAGGUAAAUGCAGGGAGGGGUGAAGAAAAGCAAUAUACAUUCUCUACCCAGUUCUGCAGUGCGAUUUAGAAAAUGUACAAAGUCCUACCUGUAGCAGACUUUUAUAUGCUGUUUUCCAUUAUUUUCUGAUCAUCAUUUGCAUCUUUUGAAACUGGCAUUUAUAAAUUCUGAACUCUGGAGGGGUACCUCAAGAUCCUUUCAGCUGUUCACUGCCUCCAGGCAAUAGAACAGUUUAACCACACCAAACCUGUGAUUUCCCUCCCAUUCUUAAAAGCUUUCUAAGGCAGUGUAUUACAUAGGUAAAAUAAACAAGUACUAUGGCGAUCAUUUGAAAAUAAGGGAAAAUGCUGCCUGUGGAUAUUUAACCAAAGAAAGGGAAUGAGUGUAAGAUUGCCUUGAGAUGUUAAGGAUUGCUUUUGCCAAAUGGUAGAUAACUUGCUGGCUGUUUUAGGCAGUUCUUUCACACAUUUUAACACCUGGUUAAUGAUCUUGUGACUAAGAUACCUGGAUCAGCCCUAUUUACGAAAUAAGCUAAGUGUCUGUAAGUAAACCUUGAAAUGUGUUUGUUCGUUCCAUUUAUAGCCUAGAGUGUUUUCUUUUUUAACGCGUCUGAUCAAAUGAAUUGCUGAGUUUCAUGCCAUCCCAUCAUAGUACAGUACUAAGGUUUUUCUUUUAAGGGUCUCUUGUUGACUUUUUCAUUACAUUUCCAAAGCCAGAUCAAGUCAAAUUCAUACUCACAAGUAUGUCCAAGGAAAUUAAGACGUGGUACGUGGAGAGAUAGGAAAACAGUUCCAUAUCCUAGCAGUAUCAAAAACAAGUUUGUAAUCCAGCUCGCUGAUGAUCGCAUGGCUCUGGUGUCAGGCAUUAGCUUGGACCCAGAAGCCGCAAUUGGUGUGACAAAGCGGUCCCCUCCUAAAUGGGUGGAUGGAGUGGAUGAAAUACAGUAUGAUGUUGGGCGGAUUAAACAGAAGAUGAAGGAGUUAGCCAGCCUUCAUGACCAGCACUUAAAUCGACCUACUCUGGAUGACAGCAGUGAGCAGGAGCAUGCCAUCGAGAUAACCACACAGGAGAUCACGCAGCUCUUCCAUAGGUGUCAGCGUGCGGUGCAGGCGCUGCCCAGCCGGGCCCGCCGGGCCUGCUCGGAGCAGGAGGAGCGGCUCCUCCGAAACGUGGUGGCCUCGCUGGCCCAGGCCCUGCAGGAGCUGUCCACCAGCUUCCGGCACGCACAGUCCGGCUACCUCCGACGCAUGAAGAAUCGAGAGGAAAGAUCCCAGCAUUUUUUUGCUACAUCAGUACCGCUGAUGGACGAUGGCGAGGAUAAUACUCUGUAUGACCGGGGUUUCACAGACGAGCAGCUAGUGCUGGUGGAGCAGAACACGCUGCUGGUGGAGGAGCGGGAGCGGGAGAUCCGCCAGAUUGUGCAGUCCAUCUCCGACCUGAACGAGAUAUUCAGGGACCUGGGAGCCAUGAUCGUAGAACAGGGUACCGUCCUUGAUAGAAUCGACUAUAAUGUUGAACAGUCCUGUAUCAAAACUGAAGACGGCUUGAAACAGCUCCACAAGGCAGAGCAGUAUCAAAAGAAGAAUCGGAAGAUGCUUGUGAUUUUAAUAUUACUUGUCGUCAUCAUUGUCCUCAUUGUUGUCCUCGUCGGCGUGAAGUCUCACUGAGCAGCGUCGGGUCGGUGUGUGCGGCGCGUGGCCCCGGGUACAAGGCCCGGCGCCCGUGGGCUCUGGCAGAGGUACGGCCCCGGCCUAGCCGGGGCCGCGGCGGCCCCAUGGACUCCUCGGCCCGGUCGUGCUCACGCGAGGGGAAGGGGCAUCUGUUCUCCUUCAUUGUCAAGACGUGAAGGACCUUGGAUACUGCUGCGGAAUAGAGAUGAGUUCUCACUUCAGUGAUUUUUUUUUUUUUUUUUUUUAAGAAAGAAAAUAUCAGUUGAAUGUUUACAGGCCUCGUCACGCUGUUUGAUGUAUCAUACCUGUAUAUGCUGUUUUUUUUUUCUAAGCAAUCAUGUUUGAGCAGCAUGUUAAAAGAAUUUUUGGAAAAAAUUUUUUAAACCAUCUGGUUUUUAAGAAAUUUGGUACCAGAAAUUUAUGCGUAGAGGCAAAAAUGCCUCUUCAUCUUUGUCUAUAUAUUUUCCAGUUGAAAACAAACUGAGAAAUCCUUUAAGAAUUUAUAAUCCGUUCCCCAUUAACUUAAUUUAACUUUUCCAUCACUGUUAAUGAUCAGAGUAACAAAGUGUGAAAAAUAAGAAACCAUCAUCGAUGUUAAUUAACACAUUUAGAUGGGCCAGUUAAAACAGCUUCAUAAGUUUAAAUUAAUUGUAAAUGGAGUAUUCCUCAUCUCAGAUUUGUGCACUGCAUUUUCUCCUAUAAACCGAAAGGGGUUACUAAGCAGAACCACCCAAAUGCAAAAGUUGAUGAUUUGAAAGAACCUCACAUUAAAAGGGCACUCGGCAGUGUCGGAAAAGUUGCCAGAGCUGGUCGGUGUGUCCCCAUGCCCGUCCCCAACCAUCCUUGCUCAAUCCAUUACUUAUAUAAUAACUACAUAAAGACCUGUUCAAGCCAGACACCACUUAAUGGACUGUGAAUUUACACGGAGGCCAUUUUAAAUGGGUCACCCCAUUUAGGAUUAGUGGGUCUCAAAUUAUUAACCAAACAUGACUCCAUUUCAAAGUAAAAUAUUCCCCCAGUGGUUUGAUUUAUUGGCCCUUCCAUUGCCAUUGAACAUGCCCAGAAGGUAGGCAUAUUCCUGCCGUUUGUGAAAAUCUUGGCUCAGAGAACCCCUCAUUUGUGUGAGCAUGAAUCUGGUCUCCAAAGCAGGACUUUGUUGUUCACUUACCUAUUAUCAAUAUGGUGCUCAAACAUAUUCCUGGACCUGUGGAGUAAUGUGGAAAGUGAUGAUAACUUUGAAACCUGAAGUUGUUCAUGUUUUAAUGGGUCUUGAGACACCAUUAUAGUUUUUUUUAAUGGUCUUUGUGUCAUUUUUGAUGGCUUUCCAUUGUUUUUACCUCUUGUAAAAUGUUUUAAAAGAGCAUGACCUCAUUAAGUGUGCUACGUUUUAUUUGGACCAGUCACAUAACCUGUCUCUCUAGAAUUGACUUUGAAGUUAUUUCCAGAAAUUUAAACUCAAACCCUGAGAUUCAAGUUGUCCGAACAGGUCAUGUGCUUAAAACCCAGACACUGCCCAGCCUUCCUGUCCCAAGUGGUUCAUGAAGCUGGACAGUCCCUGGUUCCCUGUUCCUGACGUGGGCAUGGGGUGAUCUAAAGGCGUCCCUGGCAUAUUGGGAAGUAGCGUGGCAUUCCCUGACAGCUACUUACUAGGGAGGAAGGCUGGGAAUGAGGUCCAGCCCCUCCUCAGUUGCCCUUGAAAUGGGGGCUUCCUUGGUCCUUGAGAGCAGCUGUAGGCUCUUUAGCCUCAGUGGUUUUGAGCUCAGGGAGUCAAGCUGCUCCCAGGAUGGGGUCUGUCCAGAUGAGGGGCUCCCCUCCUAGACAGCCUGGUGGGAGCUUUUCCAGUGCUCAGGCUCACUGACCCUCUAAGGAACGUAAUCCUUUAAGAAAGGAUCACUAUUUAUUUGUAUUUAUUUUUAGUGAACAGGGUGAUUAGUUGGAUUUUUUACUCAAUUCCUUUGGGUAAAAUAAUGAAUCUGACUAGGGAUGGCUUGAAGGAUCCUGUGUGGGAUCCCAGCGGCUGCCCCCUCUGACUGGAUCCCUGGCAGCACCAGCUGAAGCCCAGCCAUCUGCUGCCAUCACCGUGUCCCCAGGCCAGCAGCAGCUGGAGCACGUGCUCCAACUUGCCAGGCUCCACCAAACACUGUCUUGUUCUGUUGAGGCUCCUCUUGGGGACAGGUCAGCAGCACUGCAGGCUGGAAGGGGAAGUUAGUGAUUAGUGUCCUGGCACCGAGGGUCCUCCUCUCUCUCCUCGUCUCGCCUGUGGCUCUGGUGGCAAAGGUGGCUCCUCCUGGCUCUGCCCUCACUGCCGGGAGGGCGCCUCCAGGCUCAGCCUGGACCCCUGCCCACAGUGACGUGGCCUGCGCGGCUCUGUUGACCGGGGCUGGAGGGGGGACCCAUAGACGUUGCCUGUCAGGUCCCUGGAGCUCCUGAUCUUUCCCGAGAUGGGAACUGAGCACUACUGUCUCUUGUUCUAUUAAUUUGGGGUGGGGGGAGGUGCUGACUUGCCGACCCUGGGCGUGAAGCCGUGUUCAUCUCUAACGAAUUUACCGCAGUCUCUGCUAAUUGAGAGAGCAUUAUUUAUUUGUUUUGACACAAGUACUUUCAGUGUUUUAUCCUAGCUAAUGGCUUCUUAAAGGUAAUAAAAACCUUCCAACCUAAUUGGUCAGAUAAGACUUGUGUGUGUGUGCGCUUAAAUAAAGCAAUUAGUGAAGCGCUUCUAUCCAAAACAACUUUUUUUUUUUGUCCUUUUUAGAAAACUAAUUUACUGUUACUGGAAACUUUUUGUACAAUAAAGCAAUCAUGCAGAUUCAAGAACA